AUGGCCUCCGACUUUGAGCGGCAUGAGCGCGGCAUUGUGCAUCGGGAUGUGAAGCCAAGCAACUUCCUCUUCGCGCCUGGCGCCACGGGCUGCCUCGUUGACUUUGGCCUUGCUCGUCGCAUCGCCGCAGACGACUACAUGUUUCUCACGGCGCAGGAGGCAUUUGACAAGGAGCUGGAGUUUUGCUCCCGCCACGCACCAGCACAACCGGACCUUGUGUGUGUACCAGAGGACGCUGUGCCCGAGGACGACGACCGCAAGUCGAAGCGGUGGAACCGGGCCGGGACCCGCGGAUACCGUGCGCCGGAGGUGCUGCUCCAGUGCACCUAUCAGAGCGCAGCCAUCGACAUGUUCUCUGCUGGCGUCAUUGCCCUCGGCCUGCUCUCCCACCGCACGCCCUUCUUCCCUGCUGAGGAUGACCUCACGUGCCUCGCGGAAUACAUCGCCGUCUUUGGCUUCGUUCCCUUCAAAGACUUUGCAGCUGCCCUUGACAAGGAGCUUGAUGUGGAAUUUGGUGCCGAUCCGCCGGACGAAAUCGGUGUUGCACACGAUCUGGAGGCGUUUUGCACCCGUCUCCGCUGUCCAGACGACGCCCCACUUUCCUUUCCCAAGGAGUUUUAUGACCUGGUGCGCGGUUGCCUGUCCAUUGACUCGAGAUUUCGACUGACAGCAGCGCAGGCACUUGCACACCCUUUCUUCCAGCAACAGCAGCAGCAGCAUCAGCACAUGGAGAUGUAGCUGUUGUGGCCCAUUGCUCAGAGAUAUGCAUCGCUAACAGAAAUGUAAAUAACCGACAAGCACCCCCUGUGCUUGGUUGCCCUCGUCUUUAGGAUAUUCACACACACGCGAGCACGUGUGUCAGAUGUACCAGUAAACAGCCCCACCAGC